CGACUUACACAAAACAAUAUUGACGUAUAUUGAAUAGUUGCUAAAUGCGUUAUAAUAAUUUCUAUAAUAAUUGAAAACUUAAGAUAGUGAAAUUAAAAUGGAAUCAACUGUCACAUCUAAAUCGGAACAAAAUCUUUUGGAUUCACCUAUAAGAGGAUCUUUAUCGACUAGUACUUCAAGCUUUGAAGCAUUGGACCCACACGACCCUAAUCUUAGCAAGCUCGCCACAAAAAUGUUUCGUAAAACUGAAGAAUACAUAACGCAUGAAAUUAAUACACCAUUAGAGGACUAUAAAUUACUUGAAGAUAUGAAUAAAGCAACUGUGGCGAAAUAUUCUGAUAUGCGUCAAAUUGCUGAGAACUUAAGUGUUUCAACAAAUGAACUUAGUUAUAAAUUUCAACAAUUGAUACCAUUAAUGAAACAAAUAGACGAAAUAUCCGACACGGUAGAUAAACUGGAAGCAGCAGCUUACAAAUUAGAUGCUUAUAGCAUUGCCUUGGAAAAUCGUGUUAAGUCAGUACUACAACGCAAAUCAACAUUACAAUAAAUAACAAAAUUUAAAAAACA